UCACCCGUGAACAUGAUGCAUGUAACUGCGUCGAAAUAUCGGGAGCUCACAAAUAAUACAAAAGUGACACAGCUCAUGCUCCUACCUUGUCCUGCCUCCACCGCCAGCCCAGGCCUACGGCGCGCCGGGACCCACUUGCUUUAUCGCAUACCUACGUGUGGGAAAGUGGUACUUUAUGUGCCUAUGUGGAAUCCAUAUAAAGAAGCACUUUCAGUGAAGGGGCCUACCAAGACAAAUAUUCGUUUGUCGGCGAAUGGUACGACAGCCAAGCCAGCGUAACACGACGAUAUAAUGUAUUUUAUUUUCCGUACGACGAUACCGUAGAAAUGUUUGAUUUGAAAACUUGUAAAACCUUUGUCCGAAGGGUAAAAGUAAAUGGUAUUAGUUUAGAUAAGUUUUGUAUUGGUGGUACUCUGUUAAUUUUAGGACGCCUUAUUAAAAUAGUAGAUUUCGCUUGCGAAGAUACCAGAAAAAAAUUACAGAAAGAUAUGGAAGUGACAUUUGCUAUGAUCAAACCUAUACCAACUAACAUUGUUGGAAAAAUUGUCACACAAUUGAAUGGUCAUGGCCUACGCAUUUCUAAAAUGAAACAAGCUCGCCUAACUGCUGAUGACAUAAAUUUUAUCUAUAGACAUAUGCUUACGGAUCCUACAUAUGCAUUUACAAUGGAAUAUUUGGAAGGGCAACUAGUAAUAGGGCUGGAGUUAGUGGGGAACAAUGCAGUGGCAGCAUGUAAGGAAUGCCUGGGUGACAUGGACCCGCUGAGGGCUGCUCCUGGUACUAUAAGAGCCCUCUAUGGAUCUGAUGCUGUGAGAAAUUGUGUGCAUGCAUCACCAACUCCAGAACAUGCUUUAGAGGACGUAGCAUAUUUCUUCAGCGGGCGCCUGCGUCUCACGGCGACGCUGUCCAACUGUACGUUGUGCGUGGUGAAGCCGCACGCCGUGCGCGAGGGCAAGCUCGGUGCCGCGCUCGAGACCAUCGCCGACGCGGGCUUUGACGUCUCCGCUCUCAACAUGCUAAUCGUUGAGACGGUUAACGCUGCUGAGUUCUAUGAGGUCUACAAGGGCAUCGUGCCUGAGUAUAAGGGCAUGGUGGAGGAGUUGUCGAGCGGGGCAUGCGUGGCCAUGGAGCUGCAAGCGAAGGACAAGUCCGUCAACACACCAGUGGAAUUCCGGAAAUUGGUUGGCCCUUCCGAUCCGGAAAUCGCUCGGUUGCUUCGGCCGCACACGCUCCGCGCCAAGCUCGGCGUGACCAAGGUGCAGAACGGCGUGCACUGCAGCGACCUGCCCGAGGACGGCCUGCUCGAGGUCGAGUACUUCUUCAAGAUCCUGGACUUCUGAACAAACACUGCCUUCACAGAUUAUUACACUAAUAGACAUUUAAAGUCAGAAUUUAAAACGCGCAAAGCUUAACGGAGAUGGCGCUGCAACCGUUAAAAAUAGAUAUGCCAAAUCCAUAGAAAUAUCAAUCAUUAGACUACAGAUUUUUAGAACUAUUUACUUCCAAACCCAUUAAAAUUUCACUAGAAUAUUUUGUUGACAAAUUAGUAGAGGAACUUGCACUAGUUGCAUUAUAGAUCUUUUUUAGGGUUCCGUACCCAAGGGGUAAAAACGGGACCCUAUUACUAAGACUCCGCUGCCUGUCUUGUCUGUCUGUCUGUCCGUCUGUCACCAGGCUGUGUCUCAUGAACCGUGAUAGCUGGACAGUUGCAAUUUUCACAGAUUAUGUAUUUCUGUUACCGCUUUAAGAACAAAUACUAAUAACAGAAUAAAAUAAAUAUUUAAGUGGGGCUCCCAUACAACAAACGUGAUUUUUUUGUCGUUUUUUUGCGUAGUGGUACGGAACCCUUCGUGCGCGAGUCUGACUCGCACUUGGCCGGUUUUUUUAAUAAUAAUAACCGCCGAUUCUAGAGCGUUAGCUAAUAUUCUGCUGUUUCAUCGAUCACGCAGUCAUCAAUGCAAUCGUACGGAAUUAACUAAAAUAGAGAUAGAAUCGCCAUUGUUUGUGAAUUAGAGUAAGGUGUAUUCCGUAAAAGUUCGGAAAAGCCGGGUAAUUCCAAAAAUGGACUCUAAUAAUGUGAUGGAAUUAUGGGUGAUUUUACCGUCUGAAUUAACCGAAUACACCUUAAAUUUAAAUGUGUAGCGCCAUAUCAACGACUUUGCAUAUCUAUUAUUUUAGUCAUCUGUGCAACCUCAUAUAAUACGCUUAUUACAAUUUACUUAAACUUGUAUGAUUGCACCGAGUGAGUGAGCUGCAAUGUUUUCGUGAGUUUCUAAUGUUUAUUAACUAGAUUUAAAUUGAUUUAAGUGUCUGUAUUGUACUGGAUAUUUAUUUGUGCACUGAAUGAACUGUUGAAAUAUAUAUGGAUUUUACCA